AUGAACUUCUCUGGGGCCCAGGCUAUUCCCAUUCUGUCUCUGGGCCUGGCUCCAGAUACUUUUGAUGAUGCCUAUGUGGGCUGCGUGGAGGAGAUGGAGGAGAAGGCAGCCCUUCUGCUCAAAGAGGAGAUGGCCCUCCAUGCCCUGCUGCGGGAGUCCUGGGAGACAGCCCAGGAGGUCUGGAAACAAAAGCAGCGAGGGCUCACUCUACCCCCUGGCUUCAAAUCCCAGCACGGCAUCGCCGUCAUGGUCUAUACCAACUCAUCUAACACAUUGUACUGGGAGCUGAACCAGGCAGUGCGGACAGGCGGUGGCUCCCGGGAGUUCUACAUGAAGCACUUCCCCUUCAAGGCCUUGCACUUCUACCUGACCCGAGCACUGCAGCUCCUGCAGGGGAGUGAGGGUUGCAGCAAGGGACCUGGGGAGGUGGUGUUUCGAGGUGUAGGCACACUUCACUUUGAACCCAAGAGGCUGGGGGACUCUGUCCGCUUGGGCCAGUUUGCCUCCAGCUCCCUCGAUGAGACAGUGGCCCACAGAUUUGGUAAUGCCACCUUCUUCUCCCUGAGGACCUGCUUUGGGGCCCCUAUCCAGGCCCUGUCCGUCUUUCCCGAGGAGCGUGAGGUGCUGAUCCCUCCCCAUGAAGUCUUCUUGGUCACCAGGUUCUCUCAGGAUGGAGCCCGGACCCUAGUGACUCUCUUGAGCUAUAAUCAGACCUGCAGCCACUUUAACUGCGCCUAUCUGGGUGGGGAGAAGAGGCGGAGAUGUGUGUCGGCACCAAGGUGGCAGCCAGACUCACCCUCCAAGGGGGCCUUCUCUCUGCUCUCCUGGAAGACUCUGCUCUUGGCCCCGCAGGGGUUCCACUUCUCAGGAGCUCAGCCCUGA